CACGAAAUAUACCAGAUAUUUUUCUAAAUUAACCGCAAAGUGAUGUAGUAGACGUAAAACAUGCUACAGCACUGGUUACACAUUUAACUAGAUCACUUGCAAGCAUCUUGUCGAGUUGAAGGCCGUGUGCACGGCUCCGUCUUGUCCCAACACCACGAUGCCGUCAUUGGCGGCACCAGUCCGCUGAUCAUCCUUGCGCUCUCGUGCCCCGCUCAACUUUCGAUACACGACAACCACCAGCGCCAUGGCCACAACCCCGGCCAUUCCAAUGCAUGUAAACAUGAUGAUCGCACUGGUAGACAUAUUGGACUCCUCCGACGUGGCGUUCACUGACACGUCAUGCCCGCUUGGAGUCGAAGUUGCCGAAGUGGCUUCUUGUUGCUGACCAACGGGGGCGGUGACCACGGGCUCUGAGGGAGAAGCCCCCGCUUCUGUUCCAUUUCCAACAGUCGUUGUUGCGGGGAUUACAUCAGAUGUCGCCGACGGAGUACUUGUAGAGACAUUGGAUGAAAAUGGUUCGUCAGGUAAAGGGGUUUCGGUUAUGGGUGGCACUUCGGUGGUCAGAGGUGCACUGGUGGUGAUAAUAGGUACAUCUGUGGUGGUGGUAGUAGUAGUAGUAGGGGUCACCACAGUUGUGAUUGGGCGGAACGAAGUAGGGUAAGGUCGUGGCGUUGAGGUAGUUGGUACCGUUGUUGUGGUUGGGGUAGUUGAUGGCGUCGGCGCUAUAGUCGUGACUUGAGUGGUCGAGGUGGUGGGAGCCUCUGUGGUUGUGGAAGGUCGUGAGGUUGUUGGAGUGGCAGAUGUCCAGGUAAAAGGUGUGGUAGGAGGACUGAUGGUCGUGGUAGCUGGGGCCAACGUUGUACUCGGUAGCUUUGUUGUCGUCGUCGUGGCAGUGGUAGUUGGUGGAUUUGUGAUGGGGGUUGCUGUUGUGACUGGAGCAGCAGUGGUCACCACAGGGGGGGCCUCCGUCGGUCGGGGGGUCUCAAGUGCGGUGGAAGGCGUGGGGCUAGCCCACGACCCCCCGGCACCAAUUUUGGGCAGCCCCUUCACAUCCACAAACCAACUGUUGUCCCACAACGAGGCAAAUCCGUCCGGAAAGAACGCGCCGGCGCUUGGCCCUUCUUGGGCGUCGGCUGUCCGCCCACUGCAGGUUCCGUCGCUCUCCCCGGGCACCUUGAGCCACAAGUUGUAGUCCACGAGCGGAUGGCCCGUGUCGGUGCCUGGUGGGGCACCGAUGCCCGCCGACCGAGAGUUGCACCACUCGUCCCCCACCGAUCCUCGAUAGUUGCGAGAUGUGUCGAACACACAGUGGAGCCCCCCCGUGGCCCCUGAGAUAGUGCUGCAAAACGACAUGAGCUGGGCGUUGGUCUUGUAGUUGGACGUGUUGAUAGUCACGCCGUCGAGUCUUCCAGCCGUCUUGAGGUCGUUCAGAACCUUGGUGGCUUCGGCGACGUUGGCCCAGCUCGCCACGUCCACGUAUACUUUGGCGUUGGGGUUGCCGCUCGAAAUGAGUCCAAGGGCGACUUUGAGGUUGUCUAGGUAGUUGUUUUCCUUGGCGCAGUAGUCUUUGGACAGCAGACCGAUCGCAUCCGGUUCCAGCACGUACACCACCUCUCUGGAGCCUACGCGCGAGACGAGGCUCUGCACCCACGUUUUGUACAUGGCUGCGUCUUUGUUGUUGCCGCUACUAGAGAAUCCGUCGGCGCAGUCCUUGUUGGGCAGACCGUAGAUGACAAUGGAAGGUACUUGGCUACCCGAGCACUUUUGAAGGAGGUCACUGAUGGCGUCACCCCCGCGGUCCGUGUACCACGUAGCAACGGCAUUCUUGCUGAGUUCGUUGAGGGCGCCUUGGAGUUUUGGGUUGGAUGAGGCUGCUUGCGUCCAGGAGUAGGGUAUCAGGGCGUUGCAGAUGCUAGCAGCAUGGGUCGACUCGACCAGGAGUGUGCCUAGGGUGAAUAAAGGCACCAGGAGCUUCAUGUUGGGCUCGGAUGAAAUUGUGAAAAUGGUAGGUGAUAGUACGAUGUCGCCCAAUGAUGGCGACUG